AUGUUUCAGGAUUAUUUUCCGUUUGUACUCUGCAUUUAUUUAACGGGAUCAGAUCUCGUAUCUGGAGCAGGGGUUCCUGGUACACUGAAUACUCAGAAAAUUUCUCCUGAAGCUCAGGUGCUUAGCGGUGAGGCUUUAGUCAAAUAUCUCAAUGAAAACCAGAAACUCUUCAAGGCUAAGCUAACACCGGCAAGCUAUGACGCGAAAUACAAAUUGAUGGAUUUGAAGUUUAUAAAACAGAACGGAAAACCUGAUGUUGUGGACGACGAGAAGGACAGUGGCGAUGAUAUCCCGGAAAGAUGUCGUGGUGGUUACACAAUUAAGGCUUGGGAAUACUUCGCAGGAAGUGGAGUCGUCACCGGUGGGAUUUACGGAUCGAGGGAUAACUGCCGUCCUUACCCACUUCAUCCGUGCGGAUAUCAUGCAAACGAAACCUACUACGGAGAAUGCUAUGUCUCAGCGUCAACACCAAAAUGCAGGAAGAGAUGCCUACCCGGUUACAGUAAUUCCUAUGCAAUGGACAAGCGAUUCGCCAAGGAAGCCUACCAACUACCAAACAAGGUGAAAAUCAUCCAGAGAGAUAUAAUGAAGAAUGGACCAGUCGUUGCAUCGUUUGCAGUCUACGACGAUUUUAAAUAUUACGAAUCCGGAAUUUAUAAGCACACUAGUGGUGGUGUACCAAAUGGCGGUCAUGCUGUGAAGGUCAUCGGGUGGGGAACGGAAAACGGUACGGACUAUUGGCUUAUUGCGAAUUCGUGGAACUACGAUUGGGGAGAGAAAGGUUACUUCCGCAUGAUUCGUGGAGAAAACAACUGCCUAGUCGAAAGUGAAAUGGUCGCUGGACUCAUCGAUAAUGAUAGUUGA